CGUUUUUCCGGCUACUGCCGGCCCCUUAACUCUAGCUCGGCUGAGGAAGAAGAGGAAAGGCUAGGGGGCGGAGCAAGGCGGGGAAGCGGAAGCCGCAGCGGCGGAGCCGGGACCCGCGCCUUCCAGGGCCACACGUGUACGAGUUGCUAUAAUGGAAGUCAAAGGGAAAAAAAAAUUAACAGGUAAAGGUACAAAGACAUCACAAGAAAAAAGCAAAUUUCAUAAAAACAAUGAUUCAGGUUCUUCAAAGACAUUCCCCAAAAAAGUUGUUAAGGAAGGUAGACCUAAAAUCACAUCUAAGAACUUUGAGAAAACUGCCACAAAACCUGGGAAAAAAGGUGUGAAGCAGUUCAAGAAUAAGCAGCAAGGGGAUAGAAUACCAAAGAACAAAUUCCAGCAGGCAAAUAAAUUCAACCAGAAGAGGAAAUUCCAGCCAGACAGUAAAAGUGAUGAGUCAGCAGCCAAGAAACCCAAAUGGGAUGAAUUCAAAAAAAAGAAGAAAGAACUGAAGCAGAGCAGACAACUCAGUGAUAAAACCAACUAUGACAUCGUCAUUCGGGCAAAGCAGAUUUGGGAGAUCUUAAGAAGAAAAGAUUGUGACAAAGAGAAAAGAGUGAAGUUGAUGAGCGAUUUGCAGAAGUUGAUUCAAGGAAAGAUUAAAACUAUUGCAUUUGCGCACGAUUCAACUCGAGUGAUCCAGUGUUACAUUCAGUUUGGCAAUGAAGAGCAAAGGAAACAGGCUUUUGAAGAAUUGCGAGGUGAUUUGGUUGAGUUAAGUAAAGCUAAAUAUUCCAGAAAUAUUGUUAAGAAGUUUCUCAUGUAUGGGAGUAAAGCACAGAUCGCAGAGAUAAUACGAAGCUUUAAGGGCCACGUGAGGAAGCUCCUGCGGCACGCGGAAGCGUCCGCCAUUGUGGAGUACGCCUACAAUGACAAAGCCAUCCUGGAGCAGAGGAACAUGCUGACGGAGGAACUCUAUGGGAACACGUUCCAGCUUUACAAGUCAGCAGAUCACCCAACUCUGGACAAAGUAUUAGAGGUACAGCCAGAAAAAUUAGAGCUUAUCAUGGAUGAAAUGAAACAGAUUCUAACUCCAAUGGCCCAAAAAGAAGCUGUGAUUAAGCACUCACUGGUACAUAAAGUAUUUUUGGACUUUUUCACCUAUGCACCCCCGAAGCUAAGAUCAGAAAUGAUUGAAGCCAUCCGAGAAGCAGUGGUGUACCUGGCACACACGCACGAUGGCGCCAGAGUGGCCAUGCACUGCCUCUGGCAUGGCACGCCCAAGGACAGAAAAGUGAUUGUGAAAACAAUGAAGACUUAUAUUGAAAAGGUGGCUAAUGGCCAAUAUUCCCACUUGGUUUUACUGGCAGCCUUUGAUUGUAUUGAUGAUACAAAGCUUGUGAAACAGAUAAUCAUAUCAGAAAUUAUCAAUUCCUUGACGAACAUAGUAAAUGACAAAUAUGGAAGGAAGGUCCUAUUGUAUUUACUAAGCCCCAGAGAUCCUGCCCACACGGUACGAGAGAUCAUUGAAGUUCUGCAGAAGGGAGACGGUAAUGCACACAGUAAGAAAGACACAGAGAUCCGCCGACGAGAGCUCUUAGAGUCCAUUUCUCCAGCCUUGUUAAGCUACCUGCAGGGACACGCCCAGGAGGUGGUCCUGGAUAAGUCCGCGUGUGUGCUGGUGGCUGACAUCCUGGGCACUGCCACGGGAGACGUGCAGCCCGCCAUGGAUGCUGUUGCCAGCCUGGCAGCGGCAGAGCUACACCCUGGCGGCAAGGACGGAGAGCUUCACAUAGCAGAACAUCCUGCUGGACAUUUGGUUCUGAAGUGGUUAAUCGAGCAAGAUAAAAAGAUGAAAGAACGUGGAAGAGAAGUUUAUUUUACAGGUUGUUUUGCAAAAACACUCAUAGAACGUGUUGGUGUGAAGAACCUGAAGUCCUGGGCUAGUGUCAAUCGAGGAGCCAUUAUUCUCUCUAGCCUUCUCCAGAGUUCUGAUCAAGAAGUUGCAAAUAAAGUCAAAGCUGGACUGAAAAGCCUGAUUCCUGCCUUGGAAAAAAGCAAAAACACCAGCAAAGGAAUAGAAAUGCUACUUGAAAAACUGACUGCCUAGGUGGAAACAGUUAAGAACAAGUUGGAAUCAUUUUUCUUGUUCUGUUUUCCCAGUGCAGGAAAGAAGGGCUAGGGUCCAUCUUACUGGUAAUUUGGGUGCUCUGUAUGUGUUUCUUCUUUGUAUAAGAAUCUAUUUAUAAAAUGGUUUCUAAAAAUGUCCUUUUUAAGAAAA